ACUUAGCAGAGCGCUCUCAGUCGCCAGUUGAGCUUCAGGCGUUCGGUCAAAAGGACUGAUUUGUCCCUGUUUUGACUUACGCGACCACAUUCCAAACGCGAGUUAUUAUAAGAUACGUGACUUAUAAAUGAGAACAAAAAACUUUUAGUGUUUAUAAAACCGAAAACAAUUUCGGUACGAGAUGGGUUGGAAAAUAGAGAUUUGUCGCAUAUUCUUAUUGCUGAGCAUAGUAGGAACGACGUGGGCGCAACAUGCGGAUAUUCAUUUGCCUGCAGGACAAGAUCAACCUAAUGAAGGUGAGCAAGAGUCCCGUGAUGGUGGUACCGAUCUGGAGUUCAGCUAUCACGACCAUGACCAGAUGACACGAUAUCUACGAGCAGUAUCUACUCGUCAUCCUUCUCUUACUGCGCUCUACUCUAUCGGAAAGUCUGUGCAAGGACGGGAACUGUGGGUGAUGGUUGUAUCAGCUUCACCAUACGAGCAUAUGAUUGGCAAACCCGAUGUCAAGUACGUAGCAAACAUACACGGAAACGAAGUCGUUGGAAGGGAGUUACUUUUGCAUUUAAUUCAGUACCUAGUGACGUCCUACGAGAGCGAUUCAUACAUAAAGUGGUUAUUAGACAACACACGUAUUCACCUCAUGCCGUCAAUGAAUCCUGACGGGUACUCAAUCUCGCGAGAGGGACAAUGCGACACAAUUCAUGGCAGGCACAACGCUCGUCGAUAUGAUUUAAACAGAAACUUCCCUGACUUCUUCAAAGCAAAUACCAAGCAACCCCAGCCUGAAACUGAAGCAGUUAAGGAAUGGAUUAGUAAGAUACAGUUCGUGCUUUCGGGAUCUCUACACGGAGGAGCCCUGGUUGCCUCCUAUCCAUUUGAUAACACGCCCAGCUCUAGGAUAUGCAGGUCCUCGGUAUUGUGUUCAGUGUUCCAAAGCUACGCACACUCCCCCUCAAUCGCUCCCGAUGAUGAUGUAUUCCGUCACCUGGCGCUCGUCUACUCCAACAACCACGCCAAAAUGUCACGUGGUGUUUCAUGCAGGAGCGAGAUACCGAGGUUCGAAAAGGGCAUCACUAAUGGAGCUGCUUGGUAUCCACUGACCGGAGGAAUGCAGGAUUAUAACUAUUUGUGGCACGGCUGCAUGGAAAUCACAUUGGAGAUAUCUUGUUGUAAAUAUCCACCCGCACAUGAAUUAGCGAAGUAUUGGCAGGAUAAUAGACAGUCCCUGAUAAAAUACUUGGCGGAGGCUCACCGCGGUGCCCACGGGUUCGUAAUGGAUGAUAAUGGUAACCCCGUGGAGAGUGCCGCCAUUCGGGUCAAAGGACGUGAGGUCACAUACCACACAACUAAAUACGGAGAGUUCUGGCGCAUUCUACUACCAGGAACAUACAAAUUGGAGGUCUCCGCAGAAGGAUACUUACCCCAAGAAGUAGAGUUCUUUGUGAUUGAAAGUCACCCAACACUUUUAAACGUUACCCUUCAUUCGGCGAAACGAAUCGACGGAGGUCCAUAUUACCGACCUGCAGGACCACCAAGACCGCCACCUGCCCCCACGCAGUCUCCUGGACUCUUCUCUACGUUUACUUCCUCAAUUAAUAGUUUUGUCUCAAGUAUAUUUGGAUAGUAAAUAAUAGAAAAGCAUUCGUAUAUCACCUACCGACUAGACUAGACUUUAAAUGUUAUUUAAAUAAGACGUUGCGCAUUUUAUGAUAUUAAUGUAUUUUAUUGUUUAUUCUUUUGUUACAAACACAGAAUAAACAAUAUUUGGUACUAUCAACUUUUUACACAAUUAAUGUAAAAUACGUAUUUAAAGUAGACUCGAAUCCUUUUGUCACUUGCAGGUUUAUUUUUUUUAACAAAAUAAUUAUAUAAAUCUGUGUUACACACAUAACAAUUCACAAAAAUAACAAAAAAAUACUUUUGAUCUCGAUGUUUGCUUGUAAGAUGAUGUUUAGACAUAAUUAAUUAGUCGUAUGAGAUUUAUUUAAAAACGAUUAUAAAAUUUACAAAUAAAUAAGAAAAGAUUAAAACAGUUUUACUAAUAAAAAUCUUUGUAUAUAAAGUUGUAUUAACUGCUUAAGGUUCCUAGGUUAUUAUUUAUUACGGCUAGAUAGUAUUAGGUAUCUACGGCAUGUACCAUAAUAGUGAAGAAAAGUUAAACGCAUAGAUUUGUUGGUUAUUUGGCGAAUAGUAUUGACGCUUUACUUCUAUGAAAUAAUAUUUCGAUACUUAAGUCGAAUUUUCCUUCAACUUACCCUAUAGUUCAUCUCUAUAUUUUGUAAGUAUUAAGCCUUAUGCCUAUUUAUUAAGGGACCAUAAAUAUGUUAGCAAAUUAUAGAUCACAUUAAUAAAUUAUUGAUAAAAUUA